AUGGCUAUGUCUGAGCUGCCGUACGCUAUAGCAAACAGCGCUUAUCUCUUCCUUGUACUGCACCUUCUCUUUGUGCUGACAGUUGUGUGGCAGAGCAUCGUCGCAGCAGCGCUUCUCGUUGCUUUCUUGUCCUUCUCUUGUCUGGAGUCAGUGACGUCGGGUGUGCCGGAGACGAGGCAGCAGCCACGCGGAUCUCCGAAUGCUGAGCAUGUGGUCGUUGGGUCUUCAACCGUAGACGUGAAAGAGAAAGAGGAUGGCGGCGGCACAGAGGUGUUUGUGUCAGCCGUGUAUGCCUCUCGUGAGUCGCCAUCGCUGCCACACGAAGAGUGCAGCUCUGUCGUAAUCACGAGCUGGAUGAAGCGCAAUGAUGACCUUCUGUCAUCCGUCGUGGACCCUUCAAGUAACAGCCGUGAAGGUGAGCCUUGCAGUGAUGCGGGCAACACCUCUGCUGAGCUGUAUUCCCCUCUUCGAAACGGCGCUGACGAUACAAUCGCCUAUGUCGGCUCCGCGUUGGACAUGCCGAACACUGAAAGGCUAAUCGCCGAGAAUGUGCAUACCGAAGCGGGCCAUGACGACGAGCAAGUGGCGGUGCAGCACAGCCGGCGUGACGCACCAGCGCCUCAGUCUCAGGUGCGUGUGCAGUCCUUUUACCUAGCUCCGCGCAACGGGUGGGUGUUUGCCACCGCAGUCACCAGUUUCGCCACUGUGUGUGCGUCUGGCGUCCUGUUUGGGUGUCUCUACACGUCAGAACAAGCGGAUCUGUCUUCCGCAGACUCAAUCUUACCUGGAUGGGUUACCACACCAGUGGCCAAGUUGCUUCUCACCGUUUGUUUUGGUGUUCCAGUGGACAGUCCAAACGCAAAGUGGCAGUUUUGUUGGACGGCUGCUUGCCUGACCGUCGUGAGUUUGACGAGCUGGUGCUUACUUCUCUGCCGGGUUCUGGGACGAUGCGCGCAUGAGGCUCAUGAAGCGGCGUCGUUGACGGUGGCGAGUUCGUUUGUGACGAGCACCUCCACGUGGUCGCGCGUACGAGUCUGGUGGAUCAUGGCAGUGCGUCUCCUCGCUGGCUUCAUCACAUCUGCGCCGUACUCCUUAGUGUGGGUGUGCGUGGCGGGUGUCGGACAGGCGACCACGCUGGGGCUACUUUCUCUGGCGGUAGCGAUGACGACGGUGCUGCUUUUUUCAUCGCGUGUCGGGCAGGUGCAACGGCAGCGCGAAGGUAACGCCCGUCAACGGCUGUGGAGUCUCUACACCUGCAUGCUGCUGUUUCUUUGGGAAGUGCAGAUGAUUGUGUUGCUGCCAUCAAUCCAACAGUCGCUCAAAACGACAAGUGUGUGGGCCAAACACGGCCGCUGGCUCGCUGCUGUCGGGGCAGUGCCCGCGGCGUCCCACAACUCGAUGCCAUGCUGGCGCAUCAUUGCAGCCAUUGGACUGUGGUGGGCCGGGGCAGAGUUUGUGUGCUACUACGGUUCUGUCUACGGGACCUCUCCGGUGGCGCGCUUCAAUGGAGGGCGGGAGCGCCGCGCACUCUUACGGCGAGGAUUGGCGCAAAGGGAUGGGAAACAGUGGUCGGAUGCGAUUGACCAGCAGCGAGCGGCGCACGGCAAACUACAGGAGCUUCGACUUGAGCGUGACGCCUAUCUUUUCCGAUCGUCUCGAGGAAGUAGCGGCAGUGGGCCGCGGCGUACGCGCGCACCCCAGCAGCAUGUGGCAUCGUGGUGUCGGAAUCACCAGUACGCCCAACACGACAGGCAACACAUGGCUGGGCAUGCGCCGUUUGGCACCAGCGUCAGUCACUGUUUCUGGAUGGACAGAGAUGAUUCGCAGCACCUACCAUCCUACGUCAGCAGCCGCAGCGAUAGUCAUGAGUACUACCUGACCCUCUUACACAAUAAACCUUUCUCUGCCAGCAAUGCACGUGUGCACGGAAACAACGCUUGUGGGACCGCUGACGCACUGAGGAGCUCUCCACUCUACUCGAACUCCUCCGUGUGCGGCUGUCUCCCGGGGCAGCCUGUGCCGUGGCAGUACUCCGAGAUCACAUCUACGCUGCCGAGCCUGACGAUCGCGGAAAGCGAAUCCACAGUUGGGCUGAUCGCCGCGACAGCAACCGUGGUGCUGAGUGAAAGUGCUGCCGAACCACUGAAACACCAUGACAGCGAGGUGGCGUCGUCGCCGUACAUGUGGCAGGGGUGGAGCCGGGCACCAACACGAAGCUCGGGUAGAGGCGGAGUGGAGGGCAACGAAGAUGACGCUGGAGUCCGCCACAGAAGCUGCGGGGCGUACAGCAACGGAGAGCAUAGCGUGAAUCGUUGUGCCUUGCCUCUGCAACACUCGUGUGCGCACUACCCUUACGCCUUUUCUGUUGCCUCUUCAGGCCCUCGCGCGAGUCACUCGAGGCUGCGUGGAGUCACCUACGUGGAUGUUUCGCUGCGUCAGAACGGCAGUAGCGGCGGUAGCUCUAAUAAAUGUUGGCCGCCGACGACCUGCGGCAUGCCACCCGGCGUGUCUGUGGCCGAUGGCGCAUCUUCAUUCGAAGAAGCCGCUGCGCGUCAAUGCUUAUCCUUGCCACCCAAAGACCAAGCACGUCCUGAGCAGAUGAGAGCCGAAUACACCACGGCGCCGCCCACAAUGACCAGCGACGGGGGGGCGCGAAGGAGCGCAGACGGUUGUGCCCUUGUGUCCUUACUGCUGAAGGGUCUACGUAGCAGAGCCCGAUUGGCCGCACAUAAAGUGCUGGACCUGCUCGGCGGCUACCUGCAGCGCCAUACAGCACCCCUUCCAGCAGAAGUGGACGAUUCAGCAGGUGAGUGCCCAACCGGCCCACGUGCCGACGCACCGCAUGCUCAGCGGCAACGAUGUCGUCAGUCCAUGGAGAGGAUGACCAAACACUCGCAAGCAGGCUUUACAUCAGCAGCGCUAUCCACGGAUGCAAAAGGAGUCACGGCGCUGCUGGGCACCCUUGUGGGUGCACCUCCUUCCAGCACUUCUCACCCUGAGACCAUUCACGUCCGUUCUCUGUGGAAACUGCUAGAGCUUUGCGCAGUGCAGCAUUGGCCGUAUCUGUGUGCACUGCUCAUGCUGGUCCAAUUCACUGUGAGUGGCACGGUCGUCAAUCUCGUGCCGUCGUUGGCGAGCAUUGUGUACGCACUGCUGCAGCGACCCUGGCCGCCUUUAUGGUACUGGCGCUUGCAGAUGCUCUUCUCCAGCUUCGUCUUCCUUGUCAAGAGUGGUGCGCGUGUGUACCUCCUCACCAUGGGGCCAUCUGUGAGUCUGACCACCUGUCGCUGGCUUAGCCUGCUGGUGUUACGCGUCGAUGUGGCUGCAUCAUCCGCUCCGGCGGCGUCAUUGCUGUCCCCACUGUCGUCCACCAUGUUCGGCAGCGAGUUUCACCGCUACAUGUGGGUGGAUCUUGCGUUGAGUGGAUGUGUCGUGGCGGCUGUUGCAAUCCAGUGGUCGAUCGUCUAUCCAGACCACUGCGUAUUGUGGCGUCGCGAAGGCGAGCGUGACGCGCCGGUAAGCGUCUCGGCGGCUGUCCUCACUUCAAUGGAGUCCACUGGGGCUUCCGCUCACGAAAGACGUCAUGACGACCCGCAUCGGGGCGUGGCAGAGCUGUGUAAAAUCUGCAAGCGUCAUCUGCGCUGCUGGAACGCGCACCGCUGUGGCGCUGGUGCCGAUUACUACGCCGCGCAGCUCUUUUUCGACGGACUCUCACUCGUGCUCUUUGGCUGCGCCUACUACGCCAUUGUGCCAGAGGGCGCCGCCAUUUCUGAAGGCAAUCUUCUCCACGCCGUGCAGCAGAACCACCUACCUGGUAUCUUUGUGGUCACCGCACUGGGGUUUGUCGUUGUCCUCUUCCUGGAACGCAUCCUCUAUGUGCUGCGGGCCCUUGUCGCCAAAUACGUGUUGCACUUCUUCCUGGCCACUGUCUACCACACGCUCUACGUGCUCUGGCACACCGUGCAAGAGAGCAAGAGAGGCCGCGGUGCUACCACCUCAGUCGCCACUACGGCGUCGGUAUCUCUGCUGCUCGCUGCGAAGUUUGCCUCUCUCUGGUGUAGCGCUCUGCAGCUACGUCACGGCUACGCAUUGCACCGCCUGCAUGAUCCCUUCACGAUCAAGACCGAUCUCCUUCAUUGGGUAGGCCAUGUGACGUUUCGCGCUGUGCCAUUCCUGAUGGAGCUGCGUGUUCUGCUUGAUUGGUCGUUCAGCGCCACAGCAUUGAAAGUACAGCAUUGGAUGCUACUGGAGGACAUCCACCACACGGUGUAUCGGCGCUACGUCGACAUGCACGACCUGCACUACACAAGCCACCACCAAGGUCGCAGCUUCCCCUACCUGGUUCGGCUCUACCAGGGUGUGUUCGGAUUCACGGUCAUUCUGUUGGUGCUCUUCUUCCCUCUUUUUUGGUACUCAACGUUUAGCCCGCAAGUGCGCGCGAGCCACGUCACUGGCUGGUCGACAGAGGUGACCUUCGCUCGGAUGUCACCUGUGCCGCUGUUCAGCGCCGACAGCACCGUAUGUCCGUCCAGCUUUCACGAAGCAGCAGCCCUUUUUGGGGAUGGUACCGUUGUGAGAGCCGAGAAGCUUCUGCGCUACGCUGCCGCCACGGACACGUGGCAGACGGCGCAUGUCGCACCAUGCAGCACUCGGAUGUGGUCCUACACACCAGCAGCCCUGUGGGAACUUCUCGACCGGCUCGGUAAAACAGCAGACGCAGUUACUCUUGUUGUUCGCAACCGUGUCACACGUGACCGUGCAAGUGAGCCCACAAGGAUCGCGGUUGACUUUGAAGAGUCCUACACGCUGCCGCCUGCCUCGCAGGCUCUUCUCGCCGAGGCACUAAAGGCGUGGCAUGCAGCGGAUAGCGCUGACUCAGCGGACACGACCGAUUAUUUGGCAAGCCCGUGGCGUACUGUUGUGGUCCCAUUACCGUCUCUGUACGCGCCGUAUGUGCUGAGUUCUGGCGCGGGCAUCUCAUUCUUUUCAGGCCUGGACGUGCGAGGGGUGAACUGCUCGUUGACGCUGCACCGCGUGGGGAAAUAUAGCGGGUUCAGCUGCUUAACGUGCGCUGAGGAUGGACAACGCAACACUGCAAAGAACACGCUCGCCACCGACGCCCCCACCAGCCCUGCAGGCUCAUCAAAGAUUGCGUCCGCAGUGGAGAUCGAUGAAAAGUCAACCCCACUGGCGUUCGUGAUUGUGUCCAAGAAUGUGGCAGUCGUGCAAAGCAGUUUUUCGCUGAUUCCUAGCGUCGGCAUCAUCGCUCUCUACACGAGCUUUGUUUUGGUGAUGAGCAGCUACAUUCGUAACUACUUUGCUGGUGACGCGCACCGAGUCGUGCUCUUGCAGCUGGCCAAUCCAGAACCAGUAGCGGAGCUGCUGCGCUACCUGUACCUCGCCCGCUCCUCCGCUAACAGCGGGCAAGUAGGUGACUUGGUCCUGGAACAGCUUCUCUUCGUGGAGCUUCUAGACCUCCUCCGCUCACCGGAGCGCCUUCUGCGACUAGGCGGCCGUCGCGUCGACGACUACGCAGAUUCAACGUACCGGCAAGCGCUUUUCGAGGCAACGAAGCGGCCGUUUUCGCUGCCGGAGGAGCGCAGGAGGUAG